AUGAGGACACAGAGAGAAGCCAGAGGAGCAGGUGCUCAGAGUGGCCACCAUGUGGAGAGGCAGCAGGGGGUGGCCGUCGCCAAGGAGAGAGGCCCUGAGGAGGCCAACCCUGCCGACACCUUCAUCUUGGACGUCCAGCCCCCGGAACUCUGGAUCUGUGUCUCAUUCAGGUAUGAAAAUGAAAGUCAUCAGCACGGAAGCCAGUCGACCGAAUUUCCAGGACAAACAGGGGAACAGGAACCUUCACGUCGGGUCUCAAGAUCUAGCUUUUCUUCCAACCCUGGUGGGAAAGUUCAAGAUUCCAGUGACCGUUCAAAACUCACUGAAGAAAAUGUUUCAGGAAAGCCCCUGGUACACGAGGAAAAUACCGUAGCAGCGGGUACCGUCUCAGAUGGCUGCGAAGAAGGUGUUGCCAGGGAAACUCCUGAUGCUGUUCAUCCCUCUGGACUUCCGAGAGAUAAUUGCAGAAAUGCAACAGAUUCCACUGCUGGGGCUUUCCAAGAAGAUUCCAGCGUAACAUCAGGGAGCUGUAAUGGAGGAGGGAAGGCUUUUCCCACCAUACAGGGUCUUAAGAACAGUGACAAAAAUGAAUCUCCCUUCAGGAGGCUUUAUGAGUCAAUGAAGUUAGAGUUAGACGUGAAAUCAGAAAAAGUAAAUAUUCUACAGAAUCGCAGAAAGUCAGGAUCACGAAUUCGCUGCACAACAGAAAAAGAAAGUGCUGGUGGUUUAGAGGGCGAGUCACCGAUCUCACUGGUCUCGCUUAAACCCAGACCGAAGUUGAGCCGAAGUCCCCAGAUUAAGGCAGAACAAGGAAGUAGCCAGACUGGGGAACAGAAGAGGGCUGAGGAGACAGCGCAGGCUCCCAAGGACACCGGGAGUCUUGGCAUCCUCCGCACCGAGACGGCGGUGACGAAAACCACGACCCCGCUACGGUAUUCACAGCAGAACUCCUCGCGGAGACGCCAGAGCGAAGACCUGGGGGCUGUCAGCAGACGUGAGUCUGUGACUCUAGAGCAGAGUGAAGGCUUCGGGGCAGAGCAUGAGAUGUUUACCCCUCAGAAGUUCUUGCCUAGGAAUCAAACACCCAUUAAAGUCGAAAACGCUGGUAGUUUUGGAAAUACACCAGAAAAAUUCUCCAAAAAGAGGAAGAGUGUUCCUACAAGUGUGGACAAUCUCCCGACAGAAACAGAAAUGGUGCAGCAGACUGUCCCAGCUCCACUGGUCCUCCAAGCUGAAGGGAAGAUUCAAAACGGCUUUCUCAACAAGACAGCUGGACAGACGUGCCCUGGGGCCCCUGGUCCUGACGCAGCUGAUGCUGGCAGCUUCGGUGAUUCCAUCAAUAAGGUGGAGGGGGUGUCCCUGAAGAGGAGGCGGGUCUCCUUUGGGGGUCGUCUGAGGCCUGAGUUAUUUGAUGAAAACUUACCCCCGAACACACCUCUCAAGAGAGGAGAGACACCAAAGCAAAGAAGGUCUCUGGUGGCGCACACUCCAGCCGUCCUGAAGAAAAUCAUCAAGGAGCAGCCUCACCCAUCAGGGAAAGGAAAUUCUUCAGAAACCUGUCCGGAAGUGACCACCCCAGACACGUGUGCAAGAGCUCCCGCCCCGGCUACUACCAGCACGCCUCCAGCUGCAGCUGAUCGGUGCCGUAGGUCACCCAAGGCGUCUUCUGUCUCCAGUGGCAGCAGAUCUCACCAGGCAGACACUCCUAAGAGAGGAGGCAGAAGGAGCGGCAACCUGCCUUCAAAGAGAGCUUCCCUGGAUCGCAGCCAGCACGGCAUCUUACAGAUGAUUUAUUCCAAGAGAAGGAGUGGGGCAUCCGAGGCCAAUUUAAUUGUGGCGAAGUCGUGGGCAGACGUAGUCAAACUUGGUGCCAAGCAAACACAGACCAAAGCUGUUAAGCGUGGACCCCAAAGACCGCCGAGCAAAAGGCAAAGAAGAGCCAAUACUCCGAAGAAGCCGACUGGCAUCGUUGACCAUCAGUUUAGUACCGGCCACGCAAACUCUCCUUGUACAAUAAUCAUAGGGAAAGCGCACAUCGAGAGAGUGAACGGGCCGGCUCGGCCCUACACGAUGCUGAACAGCUUUGUGUUCAACAAGCCGGCGGACUUCAGCGAAGAUCUUUCAGGCCUGACUGAAAUGUUCCAGACUCCAGUGAAGAAGAAACCACAAAGGAUGAGCCUGGGUCCCUCCACCCUUUCAAAUUCAGGGGAUUUUAUUGGAAAAAAGCUUCCAGCAUCUAAUUCAGGAGAAGAGCCUCUGUCGCACACUUCAGAAUAUUCUGGAGAGAAUGUGUUCCCCAGUGCUCAGGAGGCGCCCGCAGAGCCGUCUGGUAAACGUUCUGCCAGCCCUGGCCGUGUUAAAAUCAAUGAAAGGACUGUGAAAACUCCAGGGAGUGUCUGUCAAGCGCCGGGUGCUAAGAGAGAAACUCCAGGGUCUGAGGCAGCGCCUCCAAAGGCAGCACCGAGUGCAAACAGGUGUAGAAGGUGUGCGGAGCCCAGAGCCAGGCAGAGGCCGGGCUCAGAGAGUGCGAGCGAAGACGCGGAACUGGACGCUGUGGAGGACAUCUUGGGAAGACGUCUGAGAAACGCACCACUACCAGGGCAGAAGCCAGAGGGAAAGGGGAAGGAAAGUGAAAGAUUUUUUGAAUCAUGUAAGAAAAAUAUUGAGUCCAAAGAAGAUUCUGGAAAGAUGAUGGCUGUGAGGAGAUCCAGAAGAGCUUCAGAGCUGAAAUGGGAACCAACAGCAGACCUGAGCACCCUCAUGAGACUACAAGAGACAGAGUUCAAGGAAGACUCAGUGGACAUCCCAAGCGUCCCCCAAGCCCCAGCUCGCGCCAAAGAACCAACAGAUGCAGAGAACAGAGCCACAAAGCUGCGCUGGGAAUCUCCACAGCCCGACAGGAUCAGCUCACCCGCCAGGACAAACACACAGCCCAAGACACCUUCCCGGAAAGGGGAUGUGGAAGAGGUCCCAGCACUUGGGAAGCCCACACAGACACCGGGGGGUGCCACACACACGGACGGAGGACCAGGUGAUGAUGAAAACAUCAACCUGUGUAAGGAAACUCCAAAGCAGAAACUGGAGUCAGCAGAAAAUGUAGCUGGAAGCAAGAGGCGGCCAAGGACACCCAAGACCAAGGCUCCACCCCUGGAGGACCUGACUGGCUUCAAAGAGCUCUUCCAGACCCCACAUCAUGUCAAGGAACCGAUGACUGAUCACAAAACCCCCAAAGUGCUCUGCCAGUCUCCACAACCAGAACCACUUGUCACAUCAACUGGUAUGACCAGACCGCUCAAGACACCUGCCCGGAAUGCGGAGAUGCAGGAAGAUGUCUCAGCACUCAGGAAGCCCACCCAGACUGCAGGCAGCACGAGGCCGUCACACAGAGGACCAGCAGGUGAUGAUGAAAGCAUCAGAUUACUUAAGGAAACUCCAGAGCAGAAACUGGAGUCAGCAGAAAAUGUAACUGGAAGUAAGAGGCGGCCCAGGACACCCAAGGAAAAAGUCCCACCCCUGGAGGACCUGAUUGGCUUCAAAGAGCUCUUCCAGACCCCACAUCAUGUCAAGGAACCAAUGACUGAUGACAAAACCCCCCAGAUACCCUGUAAAUCUCCACGACUGGAACCUGUUGACACACCAGCAAGCAGGAAGGGACGGCUCAAGACAGCUCCCCGAAAAGCAGAGGUGCAGGAAGGUCUCUCCGCCCUCAUGAGGCCCACACAGACUUCAGGGGACACCACGCUCUCACACAGAGGACCAGAGGGUGGUGACAGAGGCACUGCAGUGUCUCAGGAAACUCCAAAGCCGAAACUGGACUCAGCAGAAAAUGUAGCUGUAAGUAAGAGGCGGCCCAGGACACCCAAGGAAAAGGCCCCACCCCUAGAGGACCUGACUGGCUUCAAAGAGCUCUUCCAGACCCCAGAUCACGCAAAAGAACCAGUGGCCGAGGACAAAACCACCAGAAUACCUUGUAACUCUCCCCCAGCUGAGCCCGUCACCAGGAGAACAAGUAGGAAGAGACGGCUCAGAUCCCCGCCAGGGAAAGCGGGCGUGGGAGAGGUCUCAGCGCUCGGGGAGCCCUCGCUGACGCCAGGGGAUGCCACACACAGAGAAGCUGUAGGGGAUGAAAAGGACGUCCAAGUGAUUAGAAAAACUUCAAGGCAGAAACUGGACUCAACAGAAAAAGUAAUCGGUGUCAGGAGUCGGCUAAGAUCAUGUAAGGAGAAGACCCAACCCCUGGAGGACCCGCGUCUCAAAGAGCUGGUCCAGAAGCCCCGUCAGACCAAGAGAACAAUGAGAGCUGCUAAAGCCACGACAGUGCCCUGCCAGUCUCCCCCCGCAGAACCAGCCCCCGGGCCGACGGGGAGAAAGAGACGGCUCAAGUCCCCACCAGAGAAAGUGGACGUGGCCGAGGUCUCAGCGCUCAGGGAGCCCAUCCAAGCACCGGGGGAGACCACGCGCACCCACGGAGAACCUGGCAGUGAAGAAAAAGACACCCAAGUGUUUAGAAAACCUUCAAGGCAGAAACUCGACCCUUCAGAAAAUAUAAUGGGCAUGAAGAGUCGGCUAAGAACAUUUAAGGAAAAGACCCAACCCCUGGAGGCCCCGGACAGUCUCGAAGAGCUGGUCCAGAAGCCAGAUCAGGCCAGGGAGCAAACAAGUGAUGCUAAGAUCCCUGUGAUGCCCUGCCAGUCUCCACCAGCACAACCAGUUACCAGGCCAACAAGUAGGAAGAGACGGCUCAGGUCCCCGCCAGGGAAAGCAGGUGUGGGAGAGGUCUCAGCGCUUGGGGAGCCCACGCUGACGCCAGGGGACGCCACACACAGAGAAGCUGUAGGGGAUGAAAAGGACGUCCAAGUGUUUAGAAAAACUUCAAGGCAGAAACUGGGCUCAGCAGAAAAAGUAAUCAGUGUCGGGAGUCGGCUAAGAUCACGUAAGGAGAAGACCCAACCCCUGGAGGACCCGCGUCUCAAAGAGCUGGUCCGAAAGCCCCGUCAGGCCAAGGAGCUGGGCAGUGGUGCUGCUGGCGUCAAGAGAGCCCCAAAGGAAGCACCUGAUGGAAGAAACCCUGCAAAAAUACCCCAAAGGGUCCUCAGAGCCCCUAAAUUAAGAUUCAUGGAAGACCUCGACCUUGCGGGCAGCGAAGACCCCAUGAAAUCACCAAGUGCAAGCAGCGUUUCCCCGCCGCCCCCCAAGAGGAGACGGGGGGAGGAUGGAAGUGUCACAGGAAGGAAGACACUGCGCUCCACGACUGCCACAAAGGACACCGUGGGUGAGAAGCCACCCCAGAAACCAAGUACAGCCCCCAGGGACGGAUGGCCACAGCCCGAAUCCUUGGUAAUGAGGAAGAAAAGUCUGAGAACUUUGGCACAAAGGACUGAACAAGUGGAGAACCUGCCUGAUGGUGACACGAGAGCCAAAGCUAUGGGCCGACAAGCAGAAGACGCACACCCUCCAGCUAAGGGAAUGUCCCUGCGUUCAAGGGGCCGGAGUAAAACCGAUAUGGGAGAGCAGCAACCUGAGGCUCUCAUAUCAGCAGAAAAGGUGAAAAUGAAGAGAAACGAGAAGAAGCCCUUGAAGACGUCCCAGGAGAAGCAGCUCCAGAGGCCAGAAGAAGGAGCCGACCAUCCUGCCUCCGGGGGCCAAGUUCAGGAGCGCAGGAUGUGCUUGAGGUCGCGGAGACAGCAGAAGACACCUUCGCCUGCUGCAGCGGAGGAGAGCGCCGGGGAGGAAGGGGCGGGAGCCCACGGGGGGAGCCAGGAAGGGGAAGGGGCAGCGGAACGUGCAGGCCUCCCGGGCUUGAGAUCAAGAAGGACUGCAGCCCACCCUCCAGCAACCCCUGCGGAGAGCGAGUCCGAGCGGAGGGUGACGCGGGGGGCCAGGAGACGUGCCGGAGGCCCGCCAAAGGCAGGAAAAUGACAAUGUGUGUGUCAAGCAAAUAAGAUCCAGAAGUCUUCAGGACAAUAAAGACAUGAAGCGAACAAGUUUGAAAUGGAAAAAAAAGUAAUAAAUGUUAGUUUAGUGACAGUUCUAGCACAGCAUUUGCUAUACAUUUUAAAGUGAAUUCUGUAAAUAAUGCUAUUGGUGGAGGUUGGGGGGUUAAGGGAAGAAAGCUUAGAAUUUUCUGGCUCUGAAUAGUUUGUUCAAAAACCCCACAUGGAGGUUAUGAAGGAGACUGCGGGGUCUCGUAGAGUGAUAAAAAUUUAAAACUGGGGGUGAGGGGUCGGGGGUGGGAGUGUGCCACGGUGCGGCCUCCGGCUGUGCGCAGUGAAGCCCUGAUGUUUGUGACUCCGUGGCCGGUCCCCUGGGCCGCAGGCUCUGGCACUUGCCGCAGCCCAUUGUGCAUGCGUCUGUGCUUGUCUCCCUCCCCCAUCAUCUCCGCCCACCGGUCUCUCGCGUGUGUCCUCCGUCAGACUGUGAAAGGCGGCCAGGGCUUCCAGCCUGCACCCCUAGCACCAGGCAGGCACUCAGGAAACAGUA